UUUAAACGCAUCAAGAUUAGAUGGAAGUAAAUAUCAAGUAAAGGAGACGAAUCCUAAUAUUCCAAGAACUUUAUCAGAUCAAAUACCAAAUGCAUUACCAAAACAAAUAGUGAUAAAUUAUAAUUUGGAUUAUGUGGACAAGAAUGUACAAGAGUGCGUCUUUUGGUUUGGUAGAGAUUAUCCUUAUAGGGCUCCUUAUGAAAAUGAUCCUCUAGUUAUUACCGAUUUUUUACGAAAACGGGAUACGUAUGCUCCUAACGUAUUUAGUGGCGAUAGACCUUUAGAUACUACCAAUAUCACGGAUCCUUAUCAAUUUUCCCCUAUAAAUAAUUUUAACUAUGGGACUGUAUUGAGAAGCCAACUAGUUCAGGUCAUGGAUCAGAUAAGAUCUCUUGAUCCUAAUGCCAAUAAUUUAGACGUAAUAAAAAGAAACUUGGUCAAUCAAAUACCAUGGGGAACAAUUUUAUUUGAUAACAUUGGUGAUAAAUUCAAAAAACAAUGGAAUUAUACUUUACAAUUUGGUUAUGAUAAUCGACUUUACUCGAUAGCUUCGUUUCCGUUUGCUGGAUUUCGGAGAGUAGCCCAACAAAAUCAAUUGAGCAAUGCUAUUUUGAGAACUGUUCUUGAAAAUAAUGGUUCGACAAUAAGACCUACGAUUACUACCGGAUUUCGUUCAAUGCCACAUCUUUACACCGAUAUAAUUGACUUGGAUGAAAUUUUUUCUUCAUUAAUUG